GCAAUGGAUACAUUAUCCACUCCAAGUGAUGCAAUGGCUGCACAUGGACUUUCGGUAGCAUCUUCAUUCUCCAAAGCAUGGCAAGAAGAUCCAAAAGCAAUAUGGAGUAGCUUUUCAAUGAUUAUAGUAUCGGAAAUUGGUGAUAAAACGUUUUUGAUUGCUGCCAUUCUGGCAAUGCGUCAAUCCCGUUCGAUCGUCUUUGGUGGUGCUUUUGGUGCGCUUGCAUUAAUGUCAAUCUUAUCCGCUUUUAUGGGUGUUGUUUUGCCAACUUUAUUACCACGUUCAGUUACAACUUUGAUGGCAGCCGUUCUUUUUUUCGUCUUUGGUGUAAAGAUGUUACGUGAUGGAAUGCAAAUGACAGGUGAAGAAAUGGGAGAAGAAUGGGAAGAAGCAAAACGUGAAGUUGAAGAAGAAGCAAAUGCGGAUGAUAGAUUCGAAAUGAAUGAUUUAGAAGAAGGAAGCUUAUCGAAAACAAGAUCGCCAAAUGCCAGCACAUUCUCCAUAGAAGGACUAAAGGAUGGCACACGCAAUUUGUGCGGCCUAUGCUUCAGCCCUGUUUUCGCUCACGCUUUCAUUUUGACUUUUUUGGGAGAGUGGGGUGAUCGAAGUCAAAUCGCAACGAUCGCACUUGCGGCUGCACACAAUAUCGCUCUCGUAUCUUUUGGUACUAUUGCCGGACAUGCGAUCUGUACCGGAUUGGCAGUAAUGGGCGGAAGAUGGAUAGCAACACGAAUCAGUGUUAAACAUGUCACUUUGGGAGGCGCAUUAAUGUUUAUCAUCUUUGGACUUUUAUAUACCUUUGAAUCAAUCACAGAA